AUCGGACAAGGGAGCUACGGAGUGCUCUUUCAAGGUACCUACAACGGGCUGGAGGUGGCGGUGGAGGAGCCCAACGACUACCAGGGGCUGCAUGACAACCCCGACAAGAAGACAGUCUACCUGAAGGAAGUCAGGAUGCUCGUUAGAACGCACCACCCCAACGUAUGCAAGCUCCUGGGAUGUAUCCUCCUGGACAAGGGUGGCGAUCCUUUCUAUGCCCGAGUGACGGAAUUCCACCACACGCUCUCCCACCACCUGUCAACGCUCCCUCGGUCAGGCUCGGAGAAGCUCGACCAGCACCGCUUCAUCAUCGUUGCUGGUCUGGCUGAGGGGCUGGCGUACUUGCACUGGAGACAAGUUGUCCAUCGAGACAUCCAUCCUCACAAGAUCUCCGUGACACCCAGCGGGGCAGCUCAGUUCGCUGACUUCCGCCUGUCUCAGGAGGCGGAUGCUCUCGCCAUGUCCACGGGAGCCACGCAGUUAGCAACGAUGCAGCAGUGGACAGCACCAGAGAAGCUGCGAGGGGAGCAGCUGACGGCGGAGUCGGAUGUCUACGCGCUGGGCCUUGUCAUGUCCAACGUGCUG